CUUCGCUUAUCUCCGCAUCUAUUCAUGUCAACCUUGGUCCAACAAGAGUGUAAGGGGUCACCUAUGGCCAGCUGGACAAAUGCACUAACAUCGGGAGGUGAAGAAGAUGUAAUUCUCACCAUUCCAAAGUUCGAUUUAUUUGCUAUUUGCUAGUUAAACCAACGAAUCUCUACCAUGUCCGACACCGCAAAACAAAGAAUCCAAGCUCUGGGUAACCAGAUUGCCUCAUCGAGUUCGACCUCCUUUUUCGAAGGAAUCCCCACGAUCAAGAAGGUUGCUGGGAAAUCCGCAGGUCCUCGUGUUCAAGGCAAGGUUGUUAUCAUCACAGGAGCAAAUUCAUUACUAGGGAUUGGGCGUGCGAGCGCGCAUCAGUUCGCUGAGAAUGGCGCGAAAGCUGUAUACAUUUGCGAUUUCGACGAUACCCACCUAGCCACACAUAAACGCGAAAUCGAGUCCUUAUAUCCCGGUGUCGAUGUGUACACGCAAGAAUUCGAUGCCGCUGACGAGUCCGCCGUUAAAGCUGUCGUCGAUCAUGCCCUUGAAACGUACGGCCGAUUAGAUGUAUUCUUUGCCAACGCCGGCAUCGUCGGACCCUACGCGCAAUUCACAGACAUAGGCAAGGACGAGUUUAUGAAGGUCUUUGAUACAAAUGUAGCUAGUGUAUUCUUGGCUGCGAAAUACGCGGCACCUGCGAUGCAACGAACAUCGACCGAGAAACCUACACCGUCGGGUAGUAUAGUGGCUACGGCAUCGGUAGCCGGGUUACGGUCUAAUGCGGGGACAACACCGUAUGCCGCUUCUAAGGCAGCUGUUAUAUCGUUAGCACAAUCGUUGGCGUAUCAGUUGACUGGAACGGGAAUACGCGUUAAUGCGAUAUGCCCGGGUCUCAUAGAGACGGGAAUGACAGCGACGACAUUUGCUGCGGCGCGAGCUCAUGGUACGGAAAAGAAGAUUGGACAAUUGAACCCUCUUAGGAGAGGUGGCCUUGCUGAUGAGAUUGCGCGUGUGGCGUUAUUCUUGGGCAGUGAUGAGGCAAGCUAUGUCAAUGGACAGGCUUGGGCGGUUGAUGGUGGACUUAGUGCUGGUCAUCCUUUUGUGCCUGGAAAAAUGGCUUGAGGAUAGAAUGGUUCCAAGGUCAUAAUACGUGUAUUCGUAGCAGGUAGCCAGCGAACUAUGGAAUGUUUUAUUCAAGCUUUACUACCUCGUAAAGUUAACCUUGCUGUUAUGCCUUA